UUUUAGUGCUUUUUCGCAGUUGUCUAAUGAAAAAAACGAACAAGAAGAAGAACAGUCUGCUGCAAUCAUAUGACUUGUCGAUCGAUAGAGAAAAAUAAAGGUUGAAUUUUCGUCGUACGCUGCUACGUGUUGGUUUAAAGAAGCGUUUGCAACAGUUUUCACAAACACUUGCCAGCCCCUAAAGAACCUAACAGUAAACGGAGCGCAUCCAUCCAGCCAAGCCUAGCGUAUUCCAGCGAAUUUCCAAUCUUCACUCUCUCUGUCGCUCUCGCUCGUUCUUCCAUCCCCAUUUUUUGUGCAGUAUGGACAGCUCGGGAUUCAUGUUCAACGUGGACAAUGGCUAUCUGGAGGGCCUCUGUCGCGGCUUCAAAUGUGGAAUACUCAAGCAGGCCGACUAUCUCAAUCUGGUCCAAUGCGAGACGCUGGAAGAUCUGAAGCUGCAUCUGCAGGGCACGGACUAUGGCAGCUUCUUGGCCAAUGAGCCAUCGCCGCUAUCGGUGUCGGUGAUCGAUGACAAGCUGCGCGAAAAGCUGGUAAUUGAGUUCCAGCAUAUGCGCAAUCAUGCCGUGGAGCCGCUGUCCAACUUCCUGGACUUCAUCACGUAUGGCUAUAUGAUUGACAACAUCAUAUUGUUGAUUACGGGCACACUGCAUCAGCGUCCCAUCUCGGAGCUAAUACCCAAAUGUCACCCAUUGGGCAGCUUCGAGCAGAUGGAGGCGAUUCAUGUUGCCUCGACGCCCGCCGAGCUCUACAAUGCAGUUCUGGUUGAUACACCAUUGGCGCCGUUCUUCGUUGAUUGCAUUUCGGAACAGGAUCUGGAUGAGAUGAACAUUGAGAUCAUACGUAAUACCCUGUACAAGGCAUAUCUGGAGGCAUUUUAUAACUUCUGCAAGAACAUGGGCGGCUCCACAGCCGAUGUCAUGUGCGAGAUCCUAGCUUUUGAAGCUGAUCGUCGUGCCAUUAUCAUUACGAUCAAUUCCUUUGGUACGGAACUCUCGAAGGACGAUCGUGCCAAGCUCUAUCCCAACUGUGGUAAAAUGUACCCCGAUGGCCUCGCCGCCUUGGCUCGUGCCGACGACUACGAGCAGGUGAAAACUGUCGCCGAGUAUUAUGCGGAGUAUGCAGCUCUGUUCGAUGGCUCCGGCAAUAAUCCUGGUGACAAGACGCUCGAGGAUAAGUUCUUCGAGCACGAGGUGAAGCUGAAUGUGUUUGCAUUCUUGCAACAGUUCCAUUUCGGUGUCUUUUAUGCGUAUCUGAAGCUCAAGGAGCAGGAGUGCCGCAAUAUCGUCUGGAUCGCCGAGUGCGUUGCCCAGAAACAUCGCGCCAAGAUCGACAACUAUAUACCCAUAUUCUAAGUCGAUCUAUACAAGUGAAACAAAAACAAAAAUCUUAAUUUCCUAAUGCAAUAUUUUGUGCUCCAUCAUUUUUUUUUUUUG